CAGAAACCUGAAGAAUUACUAAUAUCUGUUACUUUUCCCUGUCUUAUAUAUUUGUGAGGUCUUAUGAAAUUUUCGUGACAUUUCAGAUAUAACUAACAGCCUGUUCGACAUUCUCAACAAAGAUGAACCAUUCGUUGAUCGUGUAUUGGUAGUGUCAACUCUAUGCGAAGCUUUGGGUUUAGCGUUUCUGCUGUUCGAUCUUUCGGCAGAGAUCAGUGAGCAAGUGGUUGCGUUGAACGCUGGUAUUCGAGAAUCUGACGCUCCUCGCUAUCGAGGUUAUGCAGUUAAGUGUUUCAACCUGUUGCAGAGGAGCAGUGCUCCUCAGUCGCUGAGUUUUUUCAUGCGCGAAGGCAGAAGAAUCGCCGCCUCGCUGUUAUCGAUGCUCAAUUUUGUGGCUCCUUCAGAACUAGAAGAAGAAAUCGUUGAAUUUUUUCUCAUUCGUUUGUGCCUUCGCUGUCCGAACCUUUGUUUCGUCGACAGUGAGGAGGGAAACAGUGAUGAUACGAAGCAACUGUGCCUAAGGCUCUGCUCGAAAUUCCAUGAAAACAUGCUGAGGAUCCCGCUGAAAGGUGCCGCUUUGCGCUUUACCCGACAUCGCCAUCAAACCGUCGAGCUGCUCAGUCGCGUAGUGCUGCUUCUCUUCUCCGGAAACGAUGUAACAACGCCGCACGAUCAUUCAACGGACACUGCCGCGUGGUACUCCCCUUGCAAUAGGCAGCUUUUGGCAGAACCACUGAAAAAGCGAGCGCAGUUGGAGCUCAGCUGGUCCGGUUUAUUCGCAGCGAUAGCUCAUUAUGCCGACAAACCAGCAGCAACCGUCUGGUAA